AUGGUCAUGCCAGGCGACAACGUAUCUAUCACGGUAGAAUUGAUUGCCCCAAUUGCGAUGGAAGAAGGCUUACGCUUUGCGAUUCGUGAAGGUGGUCGCACUGUGGGUGCUGGUGUUGUGGCUAAAAUUAUUGCAAGUCGGUCAAUUGUAAUCGGCUUUUUAACUAAAUAUAAGGAUACGAUCAUGAGCUUAGGGCUUAUUGGUCGCAAGGUGGGUAUGACCCGCGUGUUUACUGAGGAUGGCGCAAGCAUUCCAGUAACCGUGUUAGAGGUUGUUCCUAACCGCGUGACACAGAUCAAGACUGUUGCAAGCGAUGGCUAUACUGGCCUUCAAGUCGCUUAUGGCACACGUCGUGCAAGUCGCAUCAAUAAGGCGCUGACUGGGCAUUAUGCCAAGACAGGUUCUUCUGCAGGUGCUGGCAUACAUGAAUUUCCAGUUGCUAAUGAAGUGCUAGCUAAUUACAUAGCGGGCACAAAUAUCACGGUUGAUAUUUUUCAAGCGGGUCAACUGGUUGAUGUGACGGGUACCUCGAUGGGUAAAGGCUUUGCUGGUGCAAUUAAGCGCCAUCACUUUAAGUCUAACCGUGCAUCUCACGGUAACUCAAAAUCGCAUAACGUACCUGGUUCUAUUGGUAUGGCGCAAGACCCGGGUCGCGUAUUCCCUGGUAAGCGUAUGCCUGGUCACUUAGGUGCUACUAAAGUCACAACACAAAACUUAGAAGUGGUGCGUGUGGACGCCGAGCGUAAUCUGUUGUUGAUUAAAGGUGCAAUCCCUGGUUCUAAAGGAGGUGAUGUUGUUGUGCGCUCAGCCAUUAAAGCAAAAGCGACAAAAGCACAGGGAGGUUCUAAAUAA